AUGGCUUCUUCACUUUCAGUCUCUUCCUCCUCUACAAUCAUCGAUUCAAGAGCUCCUCCUUUUCCUCAUCGACAAGCCUCCGCUUCUUCUCCGUCGUGUAUCUCCCUUCCAACGCUUCCUCCUCAGCUUCUUCAGUCUCAGACACGCGCCGCUAAAGCCACUGCUUACUGUCGGAAGAUAGUGAGGAACGUUUUGACGCGAGCUGCGGAUGUUGAAGUUGCUGCCACCACUACCCAAGUUGAAGCUUCUCCUCCUGCCACCAAUACCGAAGCUGAGGGUACUGAGUUACCUGAUAUAGUCAAGACCGUUCAAGAAGCUUGGGAGAAAGUGGAGGAUAAGUAUGCAAUUAGUUCUCUCGCGGUUUCUGGUUUUGUUGCUCUUUGGGGAACUGCUGGUGUGGUCUCGGCUAUCGACAGGCUUCCAUUAGUUCCUGGUGUUCUUGAAGUUGUAGGCAUUGGUUACACUGGGUUUGAAUCAUUACCAGAUUUAAUGGUUUGCUUACAAGAACCUGGUAUUUAA